ACUUAAAUAUAUUUCACUUCGAGCACAGUUUCAGUCGACAACUAACUACUAAAUUAUCAAAUAUUAAAAAUAUUUACUAGAAACUUAUUUUCAAUAAGUAUUUAAGCUGCUUGAAGAGAAGGAAAAAACAUUCGAACAAUGGAUUCUACCGAGGGAGGUCAUCAACACGAGAGUGAAUCGAGUUCAUCGUCAACAGAAUCAUCGAAUGGCCAGCAACCUCCACGUCCAUUGGACCCAACAUUGCAGCCUCCAAAUAGUGGUGAAUCUUUGAAGAAUCUUCCAAAUACGAAUCAAGAACCUGUGAUCAAUCGUGAAUCUGUACGUGUUAUACUAUCGCAAAGGGAUUAUAAGCAUGAGCCAGCUGGCGAAUGUCGUCAUUCCCCAAUGAGAACAACUCGCGAUAGAAGCGCAGAAUCGCGAUAUAGCCGCGACGUCGAUAUGGUGCAAUUAUAUCGUCCCAGAGAUGAACGCAUACCGCAAGAACAAUCCAAUCAAGCAUAUUACUCGCAUGCCUUUCGGACCGAGGCACAGCCUGUUGCACCAUGGGAACGCGGUCUGGAUUCGAAUAUCGCAGAGCGGCGAUCACCAAGAUUCGAAAAUAUUCAGAAGGAAUCGCGCAUUGCUCCUUGUUAUGCUCAGGACCAGCCGCAGGACUCGUUUGUAACUCGUGAUUCUGUACAGAACUCGCAAUUUUCUUAUGGCUGGAAGAUACCUGCAAUGAAUUCUCUCACAAGGAACUCCAUUCCUUAUGGGACUUGUGCAAAAGAAAAUAUAACUUCUCAAGGCUCUACAAAGAACUCGCUUCCCUAUGGAGACUGUGCUGAGGACUCGAAAGCUUCUAGUGGCUACUGCACAAAUAUAAUGCGAGAACAAAUUGCGGAACCUGUUUCCCAGGAGCUGCAGAAAUAUAAUUCCCCAGGACCAUCCCUAACAAUAGCAGUCACAUCCAAUGCAAUGAGCGAAGCUAAUCAAGAACCCAAACAGCGCAUUGCUCCUUGUUAUGCUCAGGACCAGCCGCAGGACUCGUUUGCAAGUCGUGAUUCUGCACAGAACUCGCAAUUUUCUUAUGGCUGGAAGAUACCUGCAAUGAAUUCUCUCACAAGGAACUCCAUUCCUUAUGGGACUUGUGCAAAAGAAAAUAUAACUUCUCAAGGCUCUACAAAGAACUCGCUUCCCUAUGGAGACUGUGCCGAGGACUCGAAAGCUUCUAGUGGCUACUGCACAAAUGUAUUGCGAGAACAAAUUGCGGAACCUGUUUCCCAGGAGCUGCAGAAAUAUAAUUCCCCAGGACCAUCCCUAACAAUAGCAGUCACAUCCAAUGCAAUGAGCGAAGCUAAUCAAGAACCCAAACAGCGCAUUGCUCCUUGUUAUGCUCAGGACCAGCCGCAGGACUCGUUUGCAAGUCGUGAUUCUGCACAGAACUCGCAAUUUUCUUAUGGCUGGAAGAUACCUGCAAUGAAUUCUCUCACAAGGAACUCCAUUCCUUAUGGGACUUGUGCAAAAGAAAAUAUAACUUCUCAAGGCUCUACAAAGAACUCGCUUCCCUAUGGAGACUGUGCCGAGGACUCGAAAGCUUCUAGUGGCUACUGCACAAAUAUAAUGCGAGAACAAAUUGCGGAACCUGUUUCCCAGGAGCUGCAGAAAUAUAAUUCCCCAGGACCAUCCCUAGCAAUAGCAGUCACAUCCAAUGCAAUGAGUGAAGCUAAUCAAGAACCCAAACAGCUGGUGGAGAACGUUCAGUUGACAAUAGCGACACAAACCGAAAUCGAUUUAGAAUUUACUGUCGAAUUGUGGUGUUCAAUUUUUGAUUCACUUCGCAUGCAGCACAUAAUCUAUGAAUAUGAUAACAAAUUGAUAUGGUUCAUUGCUUUGAUGGGGGUUAUGAUACCAUUUCUAGCAGUUAUGAAGUUUAUUUUCUAUCUUCUGAGUCUAAUACUUUCAAAGUUUUGAAUUGCAAACAUAUAUGUAUUGUAAUCAACUGGGAGUUCAAUGAAUGUGGAGGAUUAUAAAAUUUACCCAAAAACAUAUGUUUGAGAAUUGCAAAAGCAAAAUACAUAAAAGAAAAGGUUGAUUAUAGAAAAUACCACAUUGAUCAAAAUACAAAAGAUAAAUAUAACAUUUUUCAGAUCACUUUCAAAGUUAAUAUUAAAAAAAUGACAAAGGAAAAGUUUGCUUAUUGAACUUUAAACAUUGAGAUAAAUAAUAUGUAAAACUAUUAUAAAUACCGAAUACAUAACAGAAUAGGUUUAUUAUAGAAAAUACCAAAUGGAUUAAAAUACAAAGGAGAAAUAUAACAUUUUUAGAUCAGUUUCAAAGUAAAUAUUAAUAAAAAUAUUAAUGACUUUAGCGCAACUCUUAAAAUUCAAAUGGAUUAUAUUUUAUCGUUGUGAAAAACUUUUGGUGUGAAAUUUGAUUUUAGAAAUUACAGAAUAUAGCAGAAAGGAUCAAAAUACAAAAGACUAAUAUUACAUUUUUCAGAUCAGUUUCAAAGUAAAUAUUAAAAAAAAUAUUAAUGACUUUAGCACAACUCUUAACAUUCAAAUGGAAUGUAUUUUAUUAUUGAGGAAAACUUUUGGCGUGAAAUUUGAUUUUAGAAAUUACAGAAUAUAGCAGAAAGGUUAAAAAUACAAAAGAAGAAUAUAAAAUUUAUUAGAUCAGUUUUAAUAUAAAUAUUGUAAAUAUGACAAUGGAAAAAAUUUCUGUUUUUUGGCCUCAAAUAUUAAAUUGACGAUUAGAAAGGAUUAAAAUACAAAAGAAGAAUAAAAUAUUUCAACACAAGAGUUAAAAGAAUUACACAGUUUCCCUUUGGAAUUAUGAAAUGCAGCUGAUAUCGUAAACAGAACUUUGUACUGAAAUGAGAAAAGAAUUGUAAUAUUGUGAAGAACUUACUGUAAAAGUAAACUUUGUGAUCGAAAAACACAUUCAAAGUAUAAAGUAAUAACAGCUAGAAGUUCAAAUGAUGUUCCAUAAAUAAGGGAGUGCUAGCUGCUAAGGCCAUCGACAUGAAUAUUUUGAUAACAGAACAUGUGAAAUCGAUAUCUUUCUGGGAGUUAAGGUUUCAAAUUAAUACACAUUAUAAAAAUAAAGAAAAUUGUCAACAUGAAAAGUCUUCCAAAUAUAAUAAAAUCGAAUUCUCUCAGGGAGUA